AUGUGUUUGGGUAAUCUCAAAUACUCGCCUAAAUAUGAUGAUGUCAUAUUUAGGCGAGUCCUGCGGGCCCCACAAAGCGGGGUGAUGUCACUAAGGACAUCACCCCGCUUUGUGGGCGGCCUCUAUGAUGAAAAGUGCAAUUGCGUACACAGGGCGUGCGGCCGCGCGGACUUCCCGAUGCCGAGUGACAACCCGAAGACCGAAGACCAGCUGCCGUUCGAGGAGACCCUGGAGAAGACCGGCAAUGGGGUAUACAACAUACUGCUCGCGGCAACCUGUGCCUUAUCACUCUUGGCAAUCGGCGCCGACCUCUUCGGCUUCAGCCUGGUGGUGGCAGCCGCCUGCGACCUUGAACUGACUGUCGCCCGGAAAGGCAUCCUCACCUCCAUGCCAUUCAUUGGCAUUCUCCUCGUGUCGUACAUCUGGGGCUACUAUCUGCAGCCUCGCAACCAACUGGAUCGCUCUGGGCGUGCUCAAGUUUUAUCCGUCUGUUUCUCUUGCGCCGCUAACUCCGUUUCCUACACGCUGGUGGGAGAGUCAUGCAUUGCGAGAGUUAGGAAUAAGUACAUGGUGAUGAUGACUUGCUUCAUACUACUGUCACCCGCGUUUGCAGCUGUUCUUACGUACCCGAUACUGAAGCUGCAAUUCGAGGUGCCGAUAUCACUCCUGGGCAUUGUCUUCAGGCCCUGGCGGCUGCUGAACAUCGCGCUCGCCGUGCCCUCAGGGUUGGGGGCGGUGGCGGUCUACUUCUUCAGGGAAUCACCCAAGUUCCUCGCCAAUUGCGGCCGACGGGAGGAGGCAUUGGACGUCAUGAGGACGAUCUACGCGGUGAACUAUUCCAGCUCCAAGCAAGAUUUCGGGGUCAGCUCUUUUACCGUAAUGGAGACAGAAAAGAAGAAGCUAUCGCUGUUCAGGGCAAUCUACGAGCAGAGUGCCCCACUCUUCAGGGCUCCGUACUUGCGGCGGACCCUCCAACUCUACUACAUAGUAGCAAUAGUCUUCAUAACGAACAACAGCUUCCUGGUGUGGCUGCCGCACAUCCUUAACCUGAUAAGAGUGUCGAUGCAGACCCAUUCCAUGACGGGGAACAUUUGUACCCUCAUAUCCAGCGACCAGCCGUCAAUAGCAGUGAAUAGCACCGCCAACGAGCCUGCAACUGACGGUACUUUGAGAAAAUCUCGCCUGACACGUGCAUCGGAACCAUCGAGGACAACGAGGAAGCUGAUGAUAGGCAUCCUUUGCCUAUCUUCAGUAAGCGGCUUCCUGGUCAGCGUGACUCCCGAGCCAGUGUCGAGCGUGGUACUAUUCAUGGUGUUCACGUCCACUUGCCUCGGCAUGGGCAUAUUGGCGUCGUACUUCGUCGACCAGUACCCCACUUCUUACAGAGGUAUGGUAGCCUGCCUGAGUAUUAUGGUGGGACGUAGUAGCUCGUUUGUUGUUCUAUCCAGCGUUGUCGCCGCGUGGUUCCUACCGCCAGACAAACCAUCUGAGCCCACGGAAAAAACAUCGAAACUA